UUUUAAUUUUAUAUUUUUUAUUAACCCUGAUUCCUUAAACUAGAACACAAUCUUAACUUGCAUGGGUUGACUUGGAAUUAAAGUACUUGAUACUAGCAGUCUACUACUAGUUGCAAAGGUCAGUGGCUUAAUAGGGAAGGAGAAAAAACAUCAUAAAACCCAGAUUUCUGGCGUUUUCAAAACUCACAAAACAAAGUAGACUUUCACUUACUGCAUUACCACAUUAAAUAAAAAGAAAAAUGCAUUUUCGUGGCUUCACUCUCCUCAGUGUCUUCACCAUUUUUCUCGUCACGCUCUUCUCUUCUCUUCCUCAGGCAUAUGGAGCAGGAAACUCUGUAGAUCGGAGUUUUAAACCUUCUUCACCAUUUUCACAAGCUCUUGAGACACUACAGAAACAAAUUGGUUUUACUUUUAAGAGCAUUGGUCUACUCCGGCGUGCCAUGACCCAUGCCUCCUUUUCUGAGGAGAACAACAAGGCAUUAAGCAUUCUGGGCAGCCAUGUCAUUGAGACAUCAGUUUCCCUCCGUUCUCUUGAGAAAGAUAUUGAUUUGUCGUCCAAAGAACUCAACAAGCUGAUAUUGGAGAUUUCCAAUGUGGAAUCUUCCUGCGCUGUUGAUGGGGCACGAUUGGGACUGCAUAAAGUAAUUCGAGUUUCUCCAAAGACUGAUCCUUCAAGCCCAACCAUAGUUUGCUUGGCAUUUCGAGCAGUACUUGGUGCUAUUGCUGUUGACUCUGGGAACACUGAUGAAGCUGUAAAAAUCUUCUGGAGCAUUCAUAAUGAUAAGGUCGGAAGAGCUGUUUCAGUGUAAUUUAGGUUCUGUUAUUUGCUGUUAAAUGUAUUCAAGAUGGUUUUAUGUUAUAUAUUAUGGUAGUAACAGUUAGUAAGUUGCGUGUGCUUUUUUAUAGUAUGUUAAAUUUAAUGAAGUUUGUGAACAAACUAAACCUGUAGUGAUAC